CGCAGCGCCCCCGGCCCCCGGCCCCCGCGGCCCCCCGCCAUGGCGCAGACGCUGCAGAUGGAGAUCCCCAACUUCGGCAACAGCAUCCUGGAGUGCCUGAACGAGCAGCGCCUGCAGGGGCUCUUCUGCGACGUCUCGGUGGUGGUCAAGGGCCACGCCUUCAAGGCCCACCGCGCCGUGCUGGCCGCCAGCAGCUCCUACUUCCGAGACCUGUUCCACAGCUCCAAGAGCGCCGUGGUGGAGCUGCCGGCCGCCGUGCAGCCGCAAUCCUUCCAGCAGAUCCUCAGCUUCUGCUACACCGGCCGCCUGAGCAUGAACGUGGGCGACCAGUUCCUGCUGAUGUACACGGCGGGCUUCCUGCAGAUCCAGGAGAUCAUGGAGAAGGGCACCGAGUUCUUCCUCAAGGUCAGCUCGCCCAGCUGCGACUCGCAGGGGCUGCACGGCGACGACACGCCGGGCUCGGAGCCGCAGAGCCCGGUGGCGGCGGCGCAGGCGGCGGCGCAGCAGCAGCAGCAGCAGCAGCAGCAGCAGCAGCAGCAGCAGCAGCAGCAGCAGCAGCAGCAGCAGGGGUGGGCGCUGCCGCUGGUGUCGCGGGUGAAGACGGAGCAGGGCGAGCCCGACGGGGUGCAGUGCACCUUCGUGGUGAAGCGGCUCUGGGACGGCGGCAGCAAGGAUGGAGGGGGCGGCAACGGCAGCAGGAAGAUGGCGAAGUUUUCCGACGCGGCGCCGCGCCCGCCCGGUAACGCCAACGCCAACGCCGCCGGUGUGGUCAGUGCUGCGGUCACCCCUGCGGCCAGCGCUGACCAGACCAGCCCCGGGGGCACCUCCAGCGCCUACACCAGCGACAGCCCCGGCUCCUUCCACAACGAGGAGGAUGAGGAGGAGGACGCGGGCGAGGAAGGCUCGGACGAGCAGUACCGGCAGAUCUGCAACAUGUACACCAUGUACAGCAUGAUGAACGUGGGGCCUGCAGCCGCAGAGAAGGUGGAGGCCCUGCCCGAGCAGCCCCCCCCGGAGCCCCGGGCCCGCGCCCGCCUGCGCCAGGACCUGGCGUCGCUGCCGGCCGAGCUCGUCACCCAGAUCGGGAACCGCUGCCACCCCAAGCUCUACGACGAGGGAGACCCUGCUGAGAAACUGGAGCUGGUCACUGGCACCAACGUGUACAUCACCAGGGCGCAGCUGAUGAACUGCCACGUCAGCGCGGGCACGCGGCACAAGGUGCUGCUGCGCCGCCUGCUCGCCUCCUUCUUCGACAGGAACACGCUGGCCAACAGCUGCGGCACCGGGAUCCGCUCGUCCACCAACGACCCCAGCAGGAAACCGCUGGACAGCCGGGUGCUGCACGCGGUCAAGUUUUACUGCCAGAACUUCGCGCCCAACUUCAAGGAGAGCGAGAUGAACGCCAUCGCGGCCGACAUGUGCACGAACGCGCGGCGCGUGGUGCGCAAGAGCUGGAUCCCCAAGCUGAAGCUGCUCAUGGCCGAGGGCGACUCCUACACCUCCUUCAUCAACGACACGGGCAAGCUGGAGCCCGACGUGAUGGGAGCCGAGCCCCCCUUCGAGCCGGGGGGCGCCGAGCCCGAGGGGAACCCCCCCGCGCCGGGGGAGGGGCUGCAGUGACCCCCUGUAAUGGGGGAGGGGCUGCAGUG